UUCUAUAUCAUAGCUUCUUCACCUAAAUAAAUUCAAAUGCUACCAUCCCCCAAUAUCCAAAGGAAUCAAUUUCAAAUCAAACAUGGCCACACCAAACUGCCACACCAGGGAAACAGAAGUAAAAGCCUUCGAUGAUACCAAAACCGGCGUUAAAGGUUUAGUCCAAAGCGGCAUAACUCAAGUUCCUAAAUUCUUCAUAAACCCGGAUCCUCAACAAACACUCAUCACCUCACACAGCAAUUUCGAUUUGUAUAGCGCGCCGUCCGCUAAUUGGAGAGACACUGUUUACUGUGAAACGGCUCCUGAUCUUCCUCAACCCGAGGAAUUACCCGCUGUUUGCAGUGAUAUAAUGAUUGAAUACACAAAACAAGUUAUGAAGCUUGGAAGAAGUUUGUUUCAACUGUUAUCCGAGGCACUCGGUCUCAAGGCUGAUCACCUCGUAGACAUGAAAUGCGCGGAUGGGAUGGCUUUGUUGCUGCAUUACUACCCGGAAUGCCCUCAGCCGGAGCUAACACUAGGCACGAGCAAGCACGCAGACAGCGACUUCCUAACGGUGCUGCUGACCGACCAGGUACGAGGCCUGCAAGUGCUCUACCAGAACCAGUGGGUUGAUGUGCCCUUCGUGCCGGGAGCUCUGGUGGUAAAUAUUGGUGAUCUUCUUCAGCUUGUAUCAAAUGACAGGUUUGUUAGCGCUGAGCACAGAGUACUAGUGAAAGCUUCCACAAAGCUCUUUGGGCCGAUUGAAGAGCUAGUAUCUGAAGAUAACCCGGCGAGGUAUAGGGCAACUACUCUGAUAGAGUAUAAAACCCACUUCAAUUCCAAGGGCCUGGAUGGAACUUCUGCUUUGUGACACUUUCAAAUUUGCAUUUAAAUAUCUGCAUGUUGAUGAAGUGGUAAUAGUUGGUUCAAAACCAUAUUUAUAUGCUUGUAAUAUUUGAUUAAAGAAUAGAAAGUACCACCUU